AAAUAAGAAAAAGCCUUAUCACAUACAUAAUUCCGCAGGCACAAAACCAUCCACACAUCCCUUAGAAAAAUGCCAUAAACCUAUCACUCACCACUCUCUAUAGCCACAGAAUCACCUCAAACUUAAUUCUUUUCAUCAUCGUCAUCGUCGUCAUCUUCUUCUUCUUACCAGAACCUGUUUGCAUGUUCCACCUUAAUUUGGCACCUAAAGUUUCUUCUCUCUUUGAACGGAGGUACCGUACCUUUUUUGCUCCAUUGGGCCAGAAGUGUUGGUAUUGCCCUUGAUUGGAAUUUGGGCUCUGGGUAGGUUGAGUAGUUGAUAGGGGUGCGUGAUAUGAUGGGGUAUUGAUGAGGUUUUAGAAGGUGCUUUAGUUUUGAAACAUUUUUGUGUUUUGGUGUUGUGGGGGUGGGUCUCAUUAUGUUAAUUUUAGUGGGGAACAAACAGGGAACAAUGAGUUCCCUCGCUUCUCCAGUGAGUUUGGGGAGCCUCAUGAGUGUGAGUUCCUCUAGAAGGUCUCACUCUGUGGUGAAGAGGGUCUCUUUUUCCAGAGGAAAUUGUAAGGGGAGAAAGAGAUGGCAUUGUUUAUCAUUGUCUGUGUGUAGAUAUUCAGUGACCACAACUGAUUUUAUUGCUGAUCAAGGGAAUUCAGUGUCCCUUGAUUCUAACAGUAGUAGUAGUAGUAGUAAGGGUGGAGAUGAUGGUGCUGGUUUUGUGCUUAAGCCUCCUCCAAGGCCUGUGUUAAAGUCACCAGAGAAUAAGGGUGACCCCAUUUUGGGGCCCUCAAGGACUGCUGGGAAUCCUGGGGAUGUGGAAGAGAGGAAUAAGGUGAUUGAAUCACUUGGGGAGGUGUUAGAGAAGGCGGAAAAGCUGGGGAAUUCCAAGGUGAAUGGUGAUAAGAACAAUGGUUCAGUGAACAAACCAAUAAGGAAUAAUGCUGGUGCUAGUCCUAAGGCUGAGAAACCGGUGAAUUCAGCAGCAUCUCAGAAGUCUAAAACCUUGAAGAGUGUAUGGCGUAAAGGGGAUAGUGUUGCAUCGGUGCAGAAGGUUGUGAAGGAAGUGCCAAAGCCUAAUUAUAACAAGAUUGAAGAGGAGAAGUCUCAAACUAGAGGAGGGGAGAAGGUGGUUUCUCAAACUCGUGCUCCUCAGCCACCUUUGAAACCCCAAUUGCCUUCAAAACCUCAACCACCUUCAAAACCUCAACCUGCGUUAUUAUCUAAACCUUCUAUAGCUCCCCCACCUGUCAAAAAACCUGUUGUCUUGAGGGACAAAGGAGCAGCUGAAACAUCAGUUAAACCCAAAGAAAAGAAGUCACCUAUCUUGAUUGACAAGUUUGCUUCCAAGAAACCAGUAGUUGAUCCUCUAAUUGCGCAAGCAGUUCUAGCACCUCCAAAACCAGGGAAGGCACCUUCCCCGGGAAAGUUUAAAGAUGAUUUUCGGAAGAAAGGUGCUCUGGCUGGGGGAGGACGUAGAAGACGAAUUUUGGAUGAUGAUGAUGCUGAUGUGAUUCAUGAGGCAUCAGAGCUUGAUGUCUCUAUUCCUGGUGCCGCAACAGCAAGAAAAGGAAGGAAAUGGAGUAAAGCAAGUCGAAAGGCAGCACGACUCCAGGCUGCUAGGGAUGCAGCUCCUGUCAAAGUAGAAAUUCUGGAGGUUGGUGACAGUGGUAUGCUGGUGGAGGAGUUGGCCUAUUGUUUGGCAACCAGUGAAGGUGAAAUCCUUGGUUAUCUAUACUCCAAGGGGAUUAAACCAGAUGGGGUACAAACACUUGACAACGAUAUGGUAAAGAUGGUUUGUAAAGAGUAUGAUGUUGAAGUCAUAGAUGCAGACCCGGUCAAAGUUGAAGGCUUAGUGAAGAAAAGAGAAAUUCUUGAUGAAGAUGACCUCGAUAAACUCAAAGAUAGGCCUCCUGUAAUCACUAUUAUGGGCCAUGUAGAUCAUGGCAAGACAACUCUUUUGGAUUAUAUACGGAAGAGCAAGGUAGCCGCUUCUGAAGCUGGUGGGAUCACGCAAGGAAUUGGGGCCUAUAAAGUGGAAGUACCUGUUGAUGGCAAAAAGUUACCCUGUGUUUUCCUUGACACUCCUGGACACGAGGCAUUUGGAGCUAUGAGAGCUCGUGGAGCAAGUGUAACAGACAUUGCUAUUAUUGUUGUGGCUGCUGAUGAUGGGAUUCGUCCUCAAACAAAUGAAGCUAUUGCUCAUGCCAAAGCAGCAGGAGUACCCAUAAUCAUUGCAAUAAACAAGAUAGAUAAAGAUGGAGCAAAUCCAGAACGAGUGAUGCAGGAGCUUUCUUCAAUUGGUUUAAUGCCAGAAGACUGGGGUGGUAGCACCCCGAUGGUUCCGAUAAGUGCUCUUAAAGGGCAGAAUCUAGACGAUCUCCUGGAAACUGUUAUGCUUGUUGCUGAGUUGCAAGAGCUGAAAGCUAAUCCGGAUAGAAGUGCAAAGGGAACAGUCAUCGAAGCAGGGCUAGAUAAAUCAAAGGGACCAUUUGCUACAUUUAUUGUGCAGAAUGGCUCUCUUAGACGGGGUGAUAUAGUAGUUUGUGGAGAAGCUUUUGGAAAGGUGCGGGCUUUAUUUGAUGAUGGUGGAAAGCGUGUUGAUGAAGCUACACCUUCUGUACCUGUACAGGUUAUUGGAUUGAAUAAUGUUCCUAUUGCUGGUGAUGAAUUCGAGGUUGUUGAAUCCCUUGAUGCUGCACGUGAAAGGGCUGAGGCUCGUGCGGAGUCAUUGCGAAACGAGCGCAUUUCAGCAAAGGCAGGAGAUGGCAAAGUCACCCUUUCUUCCUUAGCUUCAGCAGUUUCCUCAGGAAAGCUGUCUGGACUUGACUUGCAUCAAUUAAAUAUUAUUUUGAAGGUUGAUCUUCAGGGAUCUAUUGAAGCUGUAAGAAAAGCUCUGCAGGUGCUGCCACAAGACAAUGUUACAUUGAAGUUUUUGUUGGAAGCAACAGGUGAUGUAAGCACUAGUGAUGUGGACCUUGCAGUUGCAAGCAAGGCCAUCAUUGUGGGAUUUAAUGUGAAAGCAUCAGGCUCUGUGAAAAGCUAUGCAGAUAACAAAGCAGUUGAGAUUAGAUUAUACAGAGUUAUUUAUGAAUUAAUUGAUGACGUACGAAAUGCAAUGGAAGGGCUUCUAGAACCAGUUGAGGAACAAGUAACAAUUGGUUCAGCAGUAGUACGAGCUGUAUUCAGCAGUGGUAGUGGUCGUGUUGCUGGAUGCAUGAUUACAGAGGGGAAGGUGCUAAAAGAUUGUGGUAUUCGAGUCAAGCGGAAGGGAAAAAUAGUUCAUGUUGGUAUUAUUGAUUCUUUGAGACGAGUGAAGGAAAUUGUUAAGGAGGUAAAUGCUGGUCUUGAGUGUGGACUUGGGUUGGAAGACUUUGAUGACUGGGAAGAGGGUGACAUUCUUGAAGCCUUCAACACAGUUGAGAAGAAGAGGACCCUUGAAGAGGCCUCAGCAUCAAUGGCAGCUGCUGUGGAGGGAGUAGGAGUUGCACGGUAGAAUGAUGACUGAUGUAUGCCACUAUCAGAUUGGUUUCCUAUCCUGUGUUUGACACAGCCCAAAUGCAUUCCAGGUUCAAAUACGUUGUAUUUCUCUCCAAUUGAUGUUGUGACAUUGGAGAGAGGUAACAAUUCCCUCCUCAUUCAUUAUAUUGAUAUUGAGGUUGCCACUGCUGAAGAUCUGAGUUCAAAAUGAUUUGUUGCAUUGUUGGAUGUAAAAUUGUAUAUAAGAAAGUAUAUCAGUUUCAGCUCCUUGUAAAGGGAAAAAGUUUGAACGCCUUGACCCAAAAAUACUUGUAACAACCACAUAAGACAAGGGAAGAAUUGCAGUUUUUUUCUUCAUUUUUUGUAUGAUGCUAUAUAAUGGACGCAUCAUCAUAUUUUUGAUAAAAGGAGAAAAAAAAUAGAUGCAUCAUGUGACACUGAUCUGAAAAUUUCUAUUUCUACUGUGUUUUGCUCCUAGAUGGAAUAUAUUUAGAUGAUCCAACGUUGUGCAACAA